CUCAACCUUUGUCGUUAGUUUCUAUUUGAACGACAUGGUAUGUGUUCUCGAUUUAUUGCCAUUUCAUGCUGUUGCACUUAUUGUGCUGUUUUGAGAGAAAUUAUCUCUGUUUUGCAUUGUGCUGUUUUGAGAGUUGUAAUCCUAGUGUAUUGUUACAACGUCGGAUUAUACUGAUUCAAGGAUUAUUCAUCCUGUCAGUUUUGGAUCAUCAAGAUCCUGUGUAAUUCUGCAACACUGAGAAGACAUGCAUAAAGGACUGUCUGCAAACUACUACUUUAAAACAGUAGAAGCACCGAUUGGACUGAAUACUCUUUUAAUAGAUAAAGACAAAAGUUUAAACAUUCUACCUCAAUUAAAAGCAGAGUUGUUAUGUUCCAAAGACUUGACCAAUCAAAUUGCUUAUCGCUCCUUAACCUAGGCCGAAAAUUCUCACCGUCCAACUUAGUCAAGAUCAGAAGUCUUGUUAACACAUCCAUUGAAGGAUCCAAUGGUUCACCUACCAAAGAUGAAGUUUUUGGCUGUUUUGGUGUCGGGAGAGCACAUGAAGACAGAACUCUUUCUAAGCAAGCUAGAGAAAUCUUAUCUUCCUCUUGGAGACAAUCUACCAAGCAACAGUACAGUGUUUACGCAAAACAGUGGUUUUGUUUCUGUACUAAAAGGAAAAUUGAUCCCUUUUCAACGGAUACAGUAAAUGUGAUUGAAUUUCUAACAUCUCUAUACAACAAAGGAUUGAAGUAUAGUGCAAUUAAUACGGCCAGGAGUGACCUGUCAGCUUUUGUUUUUAUUGACCGUAAACCGGUUGGAACUCUUCCGGUGAUUAUCAGGUUUCUUAAAGGAGUGUAUAAUCUUCGACCUUCUUUGCCAAGAACAGGUGUUACUUGGGAUGUCGAUGUUGUUUUGAAACAUUUAAUAACUUUAUCCCCAGUGAGGAAACUUUCUUUAAAAAUGUUAACGUUUAAGUUACUUUGUUUAAUGGCGUUAUUAUCUGGCCAAAGGAUCCAGACCUUUCAGUUAUUGGAUAUCAGGAAUAUUUCAAUUACUAAAGGAGCUAUUAGAAUUAGAAUUGGUGAUUUUCUAAAACAGACUCGCCGCGGUUAUCAACAGAGUGAAAUUGUGCUUAAGUGCUACCCUCCAGAUAGGAGGUUAUGUGUUGUAACGAUAUACAAGGAAUAUAUUCUGAGAACCGAGACUUAUCGUGGAGAUUAUACAAGUUUAUUUCUGAGUCUGAAUAAACCUUUCAAACCGGUAUCCAAGGACACAUUGUCAAGCGAAAACAAACUUCGGCAAAAAGUAUGACCAGUCACAAUUAAUGACCCUACAUUUAAAACCAAUCAUGAAUUUCUUUUAUCCUUACAUAGUGAUAUUCAAAACAAGUAAGAUUUAUGGAAACAACGAU